AUGGCACACUCCCACCGCACUGCUGCUGCUGCCGCUGAUGCCGAUGCUGCUGCUGCUGCCUUUGCCUUGGUGCGAUGGGGUCGGGACCGGGAGGGUGGGGAAGCAGAGGCGGAAGAGGAGGAGGGGGGUGAGGAGGAGGAGGAGGAGGAGGAGGAGGAGGAGGAGGAGGAGGAGGAGGAGGAGGAGGAGGAGGAGGAGGAGGUAGAAGAAGUGGAGGAAGGGGACGAAGAAGUGGAGGAGGAGGAAUCUGAAUGGGAUGAAGAAGGGAGUGAGGGAGAGGAGGAAUCGGAGUGA